AUGGGUGGCGAUCAUGCACACGGACAUCAUGAUCAUGGUCAUCACCAUGAAUUUAAAAUCCCCGACUGGAGGAAAUACAAAGUUGAGGAUGCCCCAGAAUUGGUUACUGUAAGAAAUAUGCUUGCUCAGAAAGGCUUGAAGGACCCUUGGCUAAGGAAUGAAGUCUGGAGAUUUGAUAGAAAAGAAUUUGGAACUAUCAAACAACGUUGGAUGCUAACUGGUUUCCGAGGAUUUAAAUGGGGUUUUGCUGCCUUUUUAGCAACCAUAACUAUUGAAAAGGGAUUGGAAUUAAUAAAUCCGCCAAAAGAUCAUCAUGGUCAUGGCUCAUCCCAUCACUGA